UUUCAUCACUCUCUGUUUUUCCCCUUUUCCCUCUCAAGCCCUAUUAUCUCCAUUGUUGAAAACUCGAUCUUCUUCGCUGUUUUUUUGCUUUACGAUCUGAUCCAGAAAGUUUAAUUGCUUCAAUGGAGGCUCUGGGUUCGUCGAAGAAGAUGAUCGCUACUCAAGAAGAAAUGAUGGAGGCAAAAGUACCGAUUGCGUACAGAGACCAGUGUGCUCAUUUGCUAAUCCCCCUCAACAAAUGCCGCCAGUCGGAGUUCUACCUGCCGUGGAAGUGCCAAGGGGAGCGCCACACUUACGAGAAGUGCGAAUACGAGCUCGUAAUGGAAAGGAUGCUGCAGAUGCAGAAAAUCCGCGAGCGUGAAGCACAGCUGAAGGCGAAAACCCCACAAUCUGCCGCGCAGCCCAUCCCCCUCAUUCCUAAAACUGCCAAUGCCUGAUUUUUCAUGGUUUUUACGACGAUGAUGAAUAAUCUUUAAAGGAAAAAGCUGGAAAGUGUUGAAAGUGGUGGAGUUUGAACUUUGGUUUUCAUGGUAAACCAGUUUGUAAUAAAUUAAAAUUUAAUAUACAUGAUUGUACCCCUCUCCCAUUCAAUUAUCGUGUUGCCUGUUUACUCUUUUGGAGUAAAGCUAGUUAUUUGAGUUUAUAACUAUUGGGAAUAAGAACCUUAUUUUUUUUUUCACUUC